AAACAUACAGAAAGUUUGAUCAAACCUCGUUGGAAUGACGCAACCUUGUUGUCAUUCUGUGACGAGGUCUUAACAUUCGGAAGAUACGUGUGUUCAUUGGUAAGUGCCUCCACAAUUAGAUCUUCUACGUCUGUUAACAUACUAAAUUACAAAUAAUCGAUAAAAGAAAGGACGCUGCUCACGUAAGUACUGUAGAUAGUAUCUUCACUGUACACCCUUGCCAAAUUAGAGUCGUUGGUUCAGGCAGUAAUACGGACACACUCCAAUCUAUAUUUGCAGUUGCCAUGGUGACAAAUAGGCCACCAGUUCGGCGUCCUUGGUGAUGAAGUUCUUCAAGUAACUUCGAAGAGGAAAAAGGAGACGAGAAGGAAUGCAGACUGUGAGCGAGUCAGACCCAGGUUUACCUCUCUAGCUAACACAUUAAGAUCUGAUUAAGAUUCAGCAAUGGGAACUCCAGUGCCUACACCUCCAGCAAUGCCCAGACCAGAGGGCAAGAGGUCAAAAUCCACUCGCACCCUGGCAUCUGCUGGAGAUCAAGGACAAGAGCUCCCAGAGCUGUGGGAUGGGUCUCUGGUAGUAGACCGCUCCAAGCCGCUCCCCACCUCACUGCAAAGUGAUUUCAUCCCUGAGGAGAUUCUCAGGAGCCUGACAUCCACUGUGGAACCCAUCAGCCACCCUGGGGGAUGCCUUGGACCUCCCAAGAUUACCAGAACCCCAAAGGACUUCAAGGGCCCUGGACUCCGAGUGGCAGACCAUGUGUGGCACCAUCCUGUCCGCCGGACCAAAUACAAACACCUGACUGACCAGCCCACCUCACUGACCGGAGCGGGGAGGGAUAUUUCCUUUCUGUGCGAUGCCAUUAUGAAAGACAGACAGCAAGCUCAGAGAGACGUGCUCCAGAACCUACACACAGACCCUAGUCUGUCUCUGGUUCCAGAGGAGUUUCACAUUGUCAAGAACAAAGGAGUGAUGGGGCUGGAGUACUAUGAAGAUAAAUACACCUUGUUGCUAGAAGAUGAGGAAAAGAGACUCAAGGUAUUCCCAUCCAUGAAGCCCAGUGGCAGACUGGAGGCUGUGCAGCUGAUGAGGGUAAUGGACACCAUGCUGCACAAAGCCGGAAUUGAUGAUGAAGUACAUGAAGUGACUGAACCCACACAGAUGCACAAGCUACUGGUGCUGCUCAAGACGGAACAGAACAUCUACAACGUUGUGUUCCAUGAGCUCAUUCGCCAGGUCUCUGUGGAGUGUGCAGAGAGAGGGCAGCUGCUGUCAAAACUCAGGGAGAGGUAUGUGACUCUGUUGGACCGGAUUCCCCGGCAGUUGAAGAGCCUGCACACAGAGACCCUGGCACAGCAAGCGCUGGACCGGCACCUCACUAAGGAGCUCAUCCAGUUCAAGAGCACCAUCGGGCAGCUCAACAGUGAUCUGACCAAGGUGAGGGAGCAUGACCUGCGGGUGUCGGACGAGGUAGAGAAAACUCGGGAGGAGCUGGCCAGGACACUGCAGCUGUGUGAGAAGAAUGUAGAUAUGGUUUCAGAGUACCAUGAUCUCUAUGAGCUGCAGAGGUGCAGGCUGGAGUCUCAGGUGACCCAUCUAACGCAGGAGAGAGAUCUGUGGAACAGCACCACCUACAAGUUAGCCCUGAAGCUGAUUGAGGACAACAAUCUUCAUCUGGCAAGGAAGCUGAAUGUUAGUGAGAAGUCCUGGACCACAGUUUCUGCUCACUUCACUGUGGUCCUGAUGUUUAGGGACACAGCCGAUAUGAACAGGAUCCUGCAGAUCACUGACCCCUGGAGGGAGCAGCUGGGGAAAUUUGACCAGGACAUGAAGAAGAGAGAGGACUCAGGCCGGGAGAAGAUCAAGCUGGUCGCAGCCGGUGUCUCAAAAUGGAAGAAGCACAUCCUGGAGGACAUCCUCCCCACUCAGGAGCACGGGUUUCGGCGGGGUUCAGAGCUCACUUUGUGUAAGGAGUUCAGAGAGUGGGAACAGAUGUUGACUGAGGAGUCUGAGUGCUAUGGAGGGGGGGAACUGCUGUGUAACCAGGAGGCCCUGCAGACCAUUGCUGAGCUACAGGAAGACUGGACUGACAUCGGGAUGGUGGUGUUCGGGAGGCACCCAGGGCCCAGCGGGGAGAAAGCCAAAGGACAUGGGGAGAUGGUGAAGAUCUGCAGCUGUUUGGAGGAGCUGCACCAGCAACUGAUGACCAGGACCACUGGGGAUAACGGCGUUCGAAGGAUCAUCAUGGAUAUAUUGAGGGAGAUGGAAGCCUGGUCCACCAAACUGAACAAUACUGCAGGGGUGCUAGGAGGACUGCCCCAGACUGAUUGGCUAAAGCUGUCUGUACUGUGUUCCAAUGUGCUGAACAUGUUGGAAGAGGCAGUGCAGCUGAUUGGCUCCACCCAGCUGGAGAAUGACAGGAAUGACCAGAGGCCUCACGUCAAACUAGACACUGCAGAGGUGUUCUGUAUGCUUCAGCAGUUCCUCUCCACCAUGUCAAAAUCAAUGGAGUGUGAAAACAGCCGGCUUACACAAGAGGUGAGCUCCAUUCACACCUGCCUCACUCGUUGGAUGGUGGACCUGCUCCUCUGCAUGGUCCCCAAUCACGGUGCCUCUUGCUUGGCUGGUAUGCCACCUUCUUCAGAGGAAGAGAGUGUGCAAGCUGUGGCCUUGCUCCGGCUGGAAGAAGAGGCCAGGAUUCUGACUGAGAAACUGUACAGGUUUUCAAAAUACUUAACCAGGUCCUGCAGGAAGAUUAUUGUGGAAGAGGUUCAGCAGCAGAGAGACAAGUGCAACGAGGAUCCAGAAACGGAACUGCGUGAACUUCUGAAAAUAAGGGCUGAAUGCAUGGAAUGGACAGAGACAUGCCAGAUCCUCCUGUCUGAGUUGAAAGGCAGUCCAGUGGUGCUGCUGCCCACAGGCAGCCAGGAGACCCAGUCUGUGCUGGAGUUACCAGCAGAGGGGCAGGAGCACAGAGCCCCAGCCACAGUGAAGCCUCGCAGUGAGAGCAGAGAGUCGCUACUGAAAGGGCCUCUCUAUGAGGCACCAGCCCCUCAGUUUGACGUGGCGCUGGCAGAGCAGCUUGAUGGGACAGCGCUGGCAGGGGAUGCUGAUGAGGGGCAGCUGGAUGUCCCAGGACAGGAGGAGGAAGAUGUUGUUGUGAAGUUUAUAGGUCAUGACUCCAACAUCUACCAGAGAUCUCUCAAGGGCAAAACCGGGACUACAAAGGGGGAGGAUGUGCUGGUGUCCAGGCCCCAGACAGAGCACACCAAUAAAGCCUUUGAAGCACUGGAGACGAUGAAGGUUUUACAGCAGCAACUUCAGAAUGCAGAGAAUCGUGCACAGAAGGCAGAGGUGCAGGUGAUUGAACUGGACGAGCAGCUGUGCUCAGCGCUGGAGAGGAUUCAAGACCUGGAAAGACAGCUGCAGGGCCGAGCCAGACUGGAGAACAGAGAUUUGAAGACUGAAACUGUGAAACAAAUCCAGUGAGGAGAAGAGAUUGAACAAGGAGCAAACAUCAAAGCUCAACAAGAGAUUCCACUAGACGUGCGCUUCCAAAAGGCUGCCAAUCAAAUUAAACAAUGCUUUCAAAUACAUGCAGUGUAUUUAAUAAAACACAGUUCAAACAUU